UUUGUUCAUUCUUUGGCCUCGAAGGGCAGGGCUUAUGCGCGGCGUUUAUAAGCCCAGACCGUCAGGGUUUGUCACACUUCACCCAGGAAACUGCUUGCUUCUACAGGAGUGUGCUGUAACUUUGCGUACUGUCAACAUGAUUAUUAUCAUUGACGAUAAGGAGGCCUUUCUCAGUGCCCUGACAGAAGCAGGAGACAAGCUGGUGGUAGUGGACUUCACAGCCACCUGGUGCGGCCCUUGCAAGAACAUUGCUCCCUUCUUCAAAGGGCUGUCGGAAAAACCAGAGAACAGUAACGUGGUUUUCCUCAAGGUGGACGUUGACGACGCAGCGGAUGUGGCCCAACACUGUGAAAUCAAAUGCAUGCCAACGUUCCAUUUCUACAAGAAUGGGCAAAAGGUGGAUGAUUUUUCUGGGGCCAACCAAGCCACGCUGGAGGAGAAGGUCAAGGCCCUGAGGUCAUGAGGCUAAUGCUGCCACACACAGACGCUGUAGAAAAACCUCCACCAACCAUGUCUAUAAAACAUAUUCCAACUCCCUCUCAACGGAAAGAUUCCACCAUAUGUACAAUCUAACACUCAGUUUAAAAAAAAGUACAUCUUAAUUAUAUUAUUUUCUCUUCUAAAUGUUCAGACCAAAUCAUACCUCUAAAUCCUCCAGUGUAUGAGUAUUAUGUUAUUAUUCAUCUCAGGAGUUUCUCUUUAAAAGGACCAUAUUAUAAACCUGUUUUUAAAUCUUAGAGCUAUGUUGUAUUGUUUAUAUUCUGUUGUGUGGGUGCGCUCAAUAAAUUAAGAUUCAUUCUGAAA